UGCCAAUUAUUUCCUUCCUCCAGGUAAGCAAGUGCUGUGACUGCGGCCCAGGCUUGCCAAUGCUGACCGAUGGUUGCCCCGUUCCUAGGGCAGCCCAAAACCCCACCAAGCCCCUUAUCCACCGUCCCAUUUCGCCGCGACCCAGGGUUUAUCGAUCGCGGGACAGUGCUCGAUCAGAUGCAGGAGAAGUGCUCCCGACCAGCAUCAAUAAUAGCACUGGUUGGUUUGAGUAGUGUUGAAAAGUCACAACUCUUCAUUCAAUACUGUUACCGGGUCAGAGAUCAAUCACCUCCUGAGACAUGGGUCUUCUGGAUCCAUACCAGCAACACAGCCUGUUUCAAGCAGAGCUAUCGGGAAAUCGCCGAUCGCGCCAAAAUCCGGAAUCGAAAGAGCCCCAAGAUAAACAUCUUCGAACCCUUUUAUGACUGGUUACAGGAUGAGGAAAAAAGGAAACAGAUCAUUGUAUUUGAUAAUUUGAAUGAUGGCAGUUUCCUCCAUGAAGCUCCACACACAGGUCAAGAUCAGCUGGAAAGCCAGAUCAGCAGAAAGCCUCUCAUGGAAUAUCUCCCUCCGACUCCACACAGUUUCUAUUAUCAUGACAACGAGGGACCAAGGCAUGCUGGGAAGAACACAGAAGACCAGAAUAUUAUCAAUGUCGAGCCGAGGGAUGAUUCGCAAGCGCUGAAACUCUUGAGGACGAAACUGGGACCUGUAGUAGAUAGCGGAGACAUUAGAGAGCUUGUGAUAGAACUUGAUCUUAUACCACUUGCUAUUAAAAUAGUUGAAUACCUGCCCCGGGAUCAAAGCAAGAGUGGAAAUAGCAAUGAGAACCUGGAGGGAAGCCUGGAGGAUGACAACCAAUUCAAGAAUAUGGCCGGUUCAAGGGGAAGUAGCAAUAUGACAACAGCCAGACGCAGAAGAUUCAAAACGAGAGUGGGCACUUUUGCUGGGCCAUGCAGAAUAGUUUGCCGUUUCGCAAGGCAACUUGAUAGAGGCAGUGGAAAUGGGAGUUCAGGCGAUGGAGACAUUGAAAGCACUCAGCCCAGAAAACAAGAAGACACUCAACUUUAUGGAUAUUGUUGUCAAGGGAAAUAUGAUGUGGCUGAGGCCAUGCAUCGACAGGCACUGACAAUCAGAGAGAGGGUGCUGGGAGUUGAUCAUCCCAACACACUGGAAGGAAGUCCAAAUGAUCAGCUAGGGGCUCUUCUCCUCCUUAUCACUAUUCUAAGCACGGAGGGUCGGCUUGGGUUCAAUAUAUCAGUGUUGGUCAAGGGGCUGGAUGAAAAGGUGGGAAGGCAUGGCAUGGCCUAAGGAGGUGGAAAAGGAUUAAGGAGGAGCAUGGAUCAUUCUGCUGAAAAAGCGAGUGUGUUGAAUGGAAUGGUUCAGCCUCUUAAGUAUAUGCUAGUGGUGAUUGAGCUCGUUUACCCCAGUGCCCUACAGAGUGCCU